AUGGAGCAAAAGAUUGGAGAGUUAAUUUCAUUUUGUCAAUCAGUAGAUAGAUUUGUUAGAAAACAAGCAGAAGAUGAAUUGAAAAUAAUAGAAAAUUCAGAAGAAUAUCCAAUUUGUUUAAUUAAUAUUUCAGCUUCGAGUGGAGAAGCAUAUUUACGACAGAUGUCGUUAUUAAUACUGAAGAAAUAUGUAUUGAAUCAUUGGUCUCCAGUUUUUCAAGAAUUUUAUGGUUUCGUUGUAAAUCAAGAUGUAAAGAAUAAAAUUAGAAAUUUAUUAUUGGAAUUGCUUUCAUCAGAAUUGAAAGUGGUUAGAAAUACAGCUGCGCAUGUUAUUUCAAAAAUAGCUAUCGUUGAUUGGCCAGAUGAAUGGCCAGAUUUACUUGAUAGUAUUCUCAUUAAGCUUUCGAAAGACCCACGAGUUGAAACAUAUAGUGGAUUGAAAGUUUUGAAAGAAUUAAUUGAUAAUGCUCUUACAAGUGAGCAUUUUUUUUCUAUUUCUCUUCAUUUGACAAAAUUUUUAUAUGGAAUUUGUAUAAAUGAAUCGUAUUCAUUUAGGACUAGAGCCCAGUCUUUGUCUGUCUUUAAAUCAUGUCUAGAUUCACUAGAAAUGAUAAAAGAUAUACAUUUGGAUAUUAUUAAUUCAUUUGCUAUUGAGACUUUGGAUUCAUGGAUGAAUUUAUUUAUUACAAUUAUUUCUAAAAAUAUUAUGAAAACUUUAAAUUAUGAUUUUAUACUUUUUAAAUUGAAUGUUAUAAAGGUUCUAUAUAAACUGCAUCAAACAUUUCCAUAUCUACUAACAAAAUAUUUACCGAGCAUUUUUGAGGCUUUAUGGAUAGAAAUUGAACAAGUGAAGGAAAUAUAUUCUGAACAUUAUAUUCUAAAUCUAUAUGAAUCUAAUGAAGAAAAUGACUCUGAUGGUGAAUUGAUAAGUUUGUCUACAUUAUUAACAGAAGAAUUUUCAUUUAUUCAAAUUUCAUUAAAAGAUAAAACAGUACAAAAGAAAAUGAAUUUAGAAGACUAUUCAAAUGAUUCUAUUUUAAAUAAGAUCAUUAACAUUUCAAUCUUUUAUUCGCAAUUGUCAUUAUCACAGGAAAAAGAAUUUAUAGACAAUUCUAAUAGUUUUAUUGAGGAUGAACUGAAUGAAAACGUAAGGUAUACUCUUCGUCAGAUUUCUGCAGAUCUUGUUGAGGAACUUGGGAAUUGCAAUUUAAUUUCAACUAGUAGAAUAUUAAUAGAAAAAUUAGAAUCAAUGAUAUCUGGCUUAGAUCUAGGAUGGAGAUAUAAUGAGGCCAUAUUGUUUCUAGUUAGUAGAAUAGUAGAAGAAUUUGAUAUUUCUAUAAAACGUAAUAUCGCUAUUUUUUCUUUAUCUUUCUAUAAUAUAGAAAAGCCUCCAGAACUUUUAAGAGCUCGUGCUAUUCUUAUACUUGGACAAUUGAGUACUGCCUUGAAUAAUGAUGAGUUAUCAAGUCUAUUUUCGAAUUGCAUUUCUAUGAUAUUUUCUGAAUCUAUUGGAGUGAUUAAGCUUUCUGCAUUUAAAACAAUACAAAGAUUAUGUGUUUCUCUUCCUUUAGAAUAUUUAGGGCCUUUUCAACUUCAAAUAAUAAAUGCUAUAGAAUUUUAUAUUUUUCAGGUUCAUGACGAAUCUUUAAUAUUGUUAUUGGAAGUUUUACUUUUGUCUGUUAAAAUUGAUCGUGAUGUUAUAUUACACUCAAAAUCUGCAAUAAUUUCUAUCCUGUUCAAGAUUAUUGUGCACAAUUUGGGGGACCCAUAUCUAAUUGGAAUUAUUCAAGAUAUAUUCGAAGAUUUUGCAAGAAAUGUCUCUAAUCUUUCAGCAUUCUGUGAUAUUAUCCUUCUACCAUUAAAAGAGCUUUUAUUUGCUAAAAUAUCAGAUUCUUUGGAAACACAAUUAAUUGAGGCAAUUAUUCAAACAUUUAAACAUUGA